AUGAGCUAUAGUGUCACUAAAGAAGAGGCAGAAGCCGCUGCCGCCAACAGUCCUGAUAUUGAAUUAAGAGAACAAGACCGCUGGCUCCCUAUUGCCAAUGUGGCUCGUCUUAUGAAAUACACUUUGCCCGCCACGGCCAAGGUCAGUAAAGACGCCAAAGAAUGUAUGCAAGAAUGUGUUUCAGAAUUCAUAUCCUUCAUCACCAGUGAAGCCAGCGACAAGUGUGUACGGGACAAGCGGAAAACCAUCAACGGUGAAGACAUCCUUUACUCGAUGCACGACUUGGGAUUCGAAAAUUACGCUGAAGUCCUUAAAAUUUACUUGGCCAAGUACAGAGAGCAACAGGCACUCAAACAAGAACGUGGAGAGACCAAGGUUUCGAAGAAGCAGGCCAAGAAGAGGGAAGCUCUGCUACAAGAAGACGAGGCUGCUUUGAAAGCGGACCAAGCUUCCAACGGACUGGAACAGGACCAGAAUGAUCAGCAUGACGUGAAGGAUGAAGAUUCGAAUUUACCGCCAAUAGGAUACGAUCAACAGGACAAGGGAAGCAAUUCACCAGACUACUUCGAUCAAUAUGCUGCCGAUGAGAAUGGCCAGCCUGAGGAUAACGAAAUGGGCUUGAAGCAUGACCUCGAGGUUGACGUGAAUCUAGAUCAGAGCCAGGGUAUUGACAUGGAGCAUGCUCGGUACGGCUUCAUGGAUGGACAAAACGAGGGCUUACACGAUGAAUCAAAAGAAAAUGGGAAGUCUCAUGGCCGCACUGAUGGUGAAGACUUGGGCAAACUCGCCGGUCACGAGGAGCUCGAUCUCUCGAUGGCCGACCGCGAUUACUAUUGA